AUGGCCGCCCCAACAACAACAGAUCAAGAAGUGUCUGGGCUCCGCGCUGGCCUCACCAACUAUGGAGACCCAGACUUUGCCCUCUUCCUUCGCAAGGCAUUCAUCAAGGGCGCAGGCUACUCUGAUGACGCACUGGACCGGCGGAUUGUGGGCAUCCUCGACACGCAGAGUGGUUACAAUCCCUGUCAUGCAAAUGUCCCCCAGCUCCUGGAGGCGGUUAAGCGCGGCGUCAUGCUGCAAGGCGCACUGCCGGUGACGUUCCCGACAAUCUCACUGCACGAGUCGUUUUCGUAUCCCACGUCCAUGUUCUUGCGAAACCUCAUGAGCAUGGACACCGAAGAGAUGAUCAAAGCCGCCCCGAUGGACGCCGUCAUCCUCAUUGGCGGGUGUGAUAAGACCGUCCCUGCGGAGCUCAUGGGCGCCAUCUCGGCCGACCUGCCCGCCAUCCAGCUCGUUGUUGGCCCCAUGGUCACAGGCUCUCACCGUGGAGUGCGUGUUGGCGCCUGCACAGACUGUCGCGGGUACUGGGCCAAAUACCGUGCUGGAGAGAUUGAUAUCGAAGAGAUUGGCAAUGUCGGCAACGAGUUGGUCCCAAGCUCAGGUACCUGUGGCGUGAUGGGUACUGCCUCUACGAUGGCCUGCAUCACCGAGGCCCUCGGUAUCGCACCUCUCGGGAGUGCAUGCCCCCCAGCAAACGGAUCGCAGCGCCUCCGUGUCGCUGAGCUCACUGGUAAACUUGCCGCCAAACCUCUUCUCCGCCCGACUGAGAUUAUUACUCGCAAGUCGUUUGAAAACGCCAUCACGGUCCUGCAAGCUAUUGGAGGAAGCACCAACGCCGUCGUGCACCUCCUGGCCAUCGCUGGACGGGUCCCAGGCCUCGACCUGACCCUGGACGACUUUGACCGGAUUGGACGCAAGACGCCGCUUCUCGUCGACCUGAAGCCCAGCGGUGUCAACUACAUGGAAGACUUUUACAAGGCCGGCGGUGUACCCGUGCUUCUGAAGCAGCUGGCACCCCUCCUUCACCUUGAUUCUGUCACCAUCACCGGCCGCACCCUCGGCGAGGAACUCGCCAUGCUCCCCACACCAUUCGACCAGUCCAUCGUGCGGCCCCUGUCUGACCCUCUGGUACCCAACUCGUCCCUGGUCGUGCUCCAAGGAAACCUGGCACCGAGCGGCUGCAUCCUGAAGCAGUCGGCCAUGUCGGCCUCGCUGAAGCAUCAUCGCGGAAAGGCCGUCGUCUUCAAGGAUGCCGACGACAUGCUCGCCCGCAUAGAUGACCCAAACCUCGAGGUUGAACCGGGCAGUGUCCUCGUGUUGCAGAACAUUGGCCCCGUGGGUCAUCCUGGUAUGCCCGAGGCGGGGUACUUGCCGAUCCCGAAGAAACUGGCGAGACACGGUGUCAAGGAUAUGCUUCGCAUAUCAGAUGGCCGGAUGUCGGGCACGGCCAGUGGCGCGGUCAUCCUCCACGUUUCCCCCGAGGCGGCGGUUGGGGGCCCUCUGGCGGUCGUUGAGAGCGGAGAUGAGAUUGCGCUCGAUGUCCAGACGCGCUCGCUCCAGCUCUGUAUCCCAGACUCUGAGCUCGAGCGCCGCUUGGUGGCUUGGAAGGCUGCCAACCCCACUGGUACGGGCAGGAAACGACCUGAGCGCGGGUACCGCCAACUCUACCACGACCGUGUAGUGCAAGCGGACAAGGGUGCAGACUUUGAUUUCUUGCGCAGUGCGGAUAAAUGA